AUGGAGGAGGCACCCGAUAGCCAACAGCAGCCACAACCCGCUGCCGGCUCUGCUUCCUCCGCGGGGGCACCACCUGCAACCGCUUCCUCUUCAACCUCCGCUCCUCACAAUGCGCCUACGCCGUCAAGCAGCUCCAGUGCUGCUAACCUGCAAAAGAGGAAGAGGGGCCUAGGAGUGGUCACGCCCAAUGCCUGUACCGAGUGUCGCAAAAAGCGAGCAAAAUGCGACGGGCAAAGACCUUGCGGUCGGUGCAAGGGUCAGAAGGACGUAGAAUGUGUCUACGAGGUCCCAGUCCGCCAAUCCAAGGAGAAUCUCCGAACCGAGCUCGAGAAUUUGCGCCAACGCCAGAAAAGUAGCGAUCAGGUCAUAGCCGCCCUCGUUCGCCCCGAUAUGUGGGAGGAUGUGUUGCAACGACUGCGCAAUGGGCAAUCGCUUGAAUCAGUCUCGGACUGGAUAGGCGGUGCUGGUGCUGGUGGUGCAAGGACUUCCUUUGCACGCCCAAACGAACAGUCCAGCGAUGCGAGCGCAGGCCCAGGGACUCGGCCAGGUGGAUAUCCGGCGCCCAUCAGAACCAGGAACCUAGGAGAUCAUGGCUCCGUAGCCAUGAGUCCGAUCACUGGGCAGUCUGGCUUGCGCCAGGAGAUUGAUCCGAACAGUCCUUGGCACCCUUCAUCACACAGCCAGAGCACCCGAAGUAACUCUCACCCCGACGCAAUGAACUGGAGCGCAGACACCAAUAGGCCGCCACAGGGACUGUUCGACACCUGGGCUGAGUCGGCGAGUAACACGGAAGCCUCCGAAGGCGGCUCGAAGCAUCAGGGCGCCGACCAGGUGCUAGCCCCGCUAGAAUUGCCUGACAUGAAGCUGCCCCCCGAAGAAUGGACAAACAUUACGGAAGAUGGUUCGUUGGUCCAACAUCUGCUAGCCCUGUACUUCUGUUGGGAGUACCCAACCUUUGCGUCUCUGAGUAAGGAGCAUUUCCUCAGAGAUUUCCAGAAUGGCGUCGAACGCUAUUGCUCCCCGAUACUCGUCAACGCGCUCUUGGCUCUCGGGUGCCGUUUCUCCAGUAAGCCGAGUACUAGAGCGAAUCCCAACGACCCGUACACCUCUGGCGAUCACUUUUUCAAAGAAGCACAAAGUCUAUUCUACAAGGAGAAAAACCACCACAAUCUCACCACCAUUCAAGCCCUGGGUAUCAUGUCUAUUCGAGAAGCCAGCUGUGGCAGAGACUCGGAAAGUUGGUACUAUGCCGGGCAAAGCAUUCGUCUUGCUAUCGAGAUGGGACUUCAUCAGCUCGAGGAAGAUGGAGACGAUGACGAGUUUGCGGUUCAGGCUGCAACUUUCUGGGGCGCAUUCGCUCUCGACCAUGCGUGGUCUUUAGCGACCGGCUCACUUCCGCAAUGUUCCUGCUUUCCUCAUCUGCCGCCAAAGCCUGCCAUAAUAGAUGACAUAGAAGCCUCUCUUUGGAUCCCUUACACUGACGAUGGCGCACCAUUGCAGCGGUCCGCCGAGCAGCCAUCCAACGUUCGAUCUGUUUAUAAGUGCUUUUGUGAAUUGAGCGAGCUCGUGCACCAAAGCCUCUACGUUUUGCACUCCCCGGGGCGCCCGCUGACCAGCCGUGACCUUCUCGGCAUUUAUACCCAGUAUCUCAACUGGUAUGACAAGAUACCAGAGGUUCUGAGGCUGGGGCACAACUUCACACCAGCGGUCCUGUUCGCGCACAUGUACUAUCAUUUUGCGAUCCUACUUCUGUUUCGUCCCCUCAUCAAGCUUAAGAUCAUUGGCUCUAAGCUAUUACCCCGAGACGUAUGUGGGCAGGCGGCAGAUGCCAUCCAAGGUCUAUUGCGAUCUUACUCGCAAUUGUACACUCUACGGCGGACGCCAUCAUUUGUCCCGUACUUUGUACUCACAUCAGCCAUCAUGCAUCUAGCCAUCGGUGCCACAACCUCUUCUUCACUGCCAUUGCAGAAGGCCUUUGAAGGGCCAGGCCAAAACACGGAUCCGAAUGAUCCACCCUCAUACCCGCCUCGCGUUGUAGAAGCUAUCCAGCAAGGUAUUCGGGAUCUGGAGGAGAUGGCACCGUGCCACCAUUUUGCCGAACAGGCGCUGAACAUACUACGGUACCUUGCCAAGAAGUGGAACAUGGACGUCGAUAUGGGCGGCGAAGUAGCCUCAGAUGCCGAGUACGCACAUCUUGUCAGGCCGUACACGAGCAGUCUCAACUUCUUUGCGCCCAACGUCAUUGAAGAUGACUUCAUAUGCGCUUGGGGAGGCAGCGCCGAUGCAGCUGACGUACCGAACCCGGCGGUAGCCAUGGGCCUUAAAUCCACGGAGCCAGGACAAGCAUCAGUUGAGCGGGCGGCCAAGGUGAUGGAGAACCCUUUGUUUUGGCCGUUCCCGAUGCAGGGACGGCCGAUGCUCCCUACUGGAGUUGAGCUCGCAGAUGCUGGAUUCGAGAGAAUCUGA